GUCGAUUUUCCCUUUUGUCUCUUUUUUUUUCCCUCUUCUAUAGUUAUCUCUAUUGUUGUUUUUGCGUGUGCGUGUGUGAGUGAUCGUCGCAUUCAAUAUUUUAUUUUAUUUCCAUUGGCUUGGUGAGCAAGCCCAGUUUCUUUCCUAUCCUUUUGUUUCCUUGCUCCUUUUCCCUUGAAUCGUCAUUCGAAUCGAGCCAUGGCAGCGUCAAGACCGCCGGGUCCACGACGCCGGCAAAGCUUGCUUCAGUAUGCAUCCCGUUUUAUAAAGCUCCGGUCGGAAUCAAGAUCCCAAUUCGUUCCGCUUUCAUCUUCCACAUCAUCACCGUCACCCGAUACCUUUUUCUGUAACAAUGGCAACGCUAAUCAUCAAGCGGAAAAAAAGUUUACCAAAACCUGUCUACAGCGUUCCAAAUCCGCUGAUCUGAAUUACCAAUCGUUGUCUAUCGUGGAAGAACCAGAGAAAGAAGAAGAACAACAACAGGAAGACAUCGAAAGCGACGGUGACGAUUUAGCCCCAUUGAUAAAUGAUCCGACCAGAAAACGAGAUCGACGUUACUGCUACAGUAGUCUUCAAUAUGAUAAAGCCUUGCCUCCUGCGCGUGCUAGAAUCUCGCUCGAUAUCGCACGUUGCUACCCAAGGAUCGUCAGUUAUCGUCCCCAACUCUCACCAUCUCCCAAAGCCUAUGCAUCAUUGACACUGGCGUCUCAGCUAAUCCUUCCUUCCACGGACGCGCCCAUUCCACCACAUCCCAAGCCUCCAGUGUACAGCCGUUUGACCGAUCAGUACGACGAUUCACACCUCCUAGCCCCAGUGCAUAAACAACAACAACGAGUCAUGUCCAUGCCCUCGCUCACAGUUUCAACGAUUGAUCAAAACGACGACGACUCAUGUAGCAGUAGUGAUGACGAUGAUGACGACGACGAUGGUGACGAUAACAACGGUCGUUCUCGUUUGAAACAAGCAACUCAAAGAACCCGUCCUUCUACCGCUUUUUUGAUCUCCCUCUCAGCUUCUUCGGCGGCGGCGGCUUCAGCAGCACGGUUGCGACGUUGUCAAACACGCAUUAUAAGAAGAUGAUGAAUAUUAGAAAAUCACUCAAGUAUGAAUCGAAAAACCUGUUGUCUGAUCAAUUUACAUGAAGACGGAGUCUGAAAAUUUUGUAAUCAUAAAACAUGGCCUAAAUCACGGUCAACUCUGACGGAAAAAAAAAAGAUUGCAUGAAACUUGAUAGUUUAUUCAAACAUAUGCG